AUGUGCACAGACGCGAGGAACCUUCUCGCCCAACAAGGAUACCUCAUCUCCCCUCCCCCAGAUUUGUUAUCCCUACCAGGUCUCAUGGGACACGCAUUUCCAGGACGUCACCCCCCUCACUCUCCACCACCACCUCCACCAGCAUCUCGCCCAUCAUUGCCAGAUCUUGUUCUACCCGUGCCCGCUCCACUAUCCCCAAUACAUUCCUCUACAACCGGCUCAAUAGCCCCUGUUCCCAACGUAGUCAAUGCAUUGCAGGACACAUUGAUUCCUACGCGACCAACGACACUCCUUCCCCAACUUCCCCAACCGCGUUGCCCCCGCCGCCUAUGCCGACAGCGCCCCGAGCCGGUACUCCUUAUUCCUUUGGGCCGCACUCCCCGAGUACCACACACAGGCCAGGGGAAGACCCUGAUAUCAACCAGCGACAAAUCUCCGGAUGGAAGGAACGAAGACGCCGCCCUCGUGUUCAACGUUGUUAUGCAUGUCAAGGAUAUGGCCAUUGCGCUAUCUAUUGUCGUUACCAUACUUGCUCUACGUGCGGGUUAG